CAACAGGUGUAAAUGUGUUGUUUUCUUCGCUCUCCCCCCUUUCAAUCCUUGACCCAGAUUCCUCAGUGUUUUGAUGCAGAGGAGCAAUGUGAACUCACCUCGGCCCCCCUCUCUUGGCAUUUAAUACUGAUCCCGCAGUAUCAUGGCUUGGAAUUAAAUGUGCCUGUCAAGACAGAGAGAUCCCUGCACGGCAUCCAGCUGCCUCCAAGUCUGGAUGGCUCGCUUUAAAUGGGUCAGAUGUUUGUUUUGGAUUUAUAAAGCUACAGUUCUUCAAUGCGAGGGGAGGCCAUGUAUAACAUUAGCACCUCAGACAGGCUGGAAUUCUAAUUAGCUGCUGAUAUACAGUAGUGCGCCCGAUAUAGCAACCUGUUGGCUUGCAAAGACGAUGAGGAGCACAUGAGAGGAGAGCAAGGGAACAAGACGCAGUGAAGACGGAGUGAUGUUUCGACUUUGACUGAGCUCCAUGGAGGUGGUGAAUCUACAGCUGCAGCCCGACUGGGAGCAAUGGAGGAGAGAGAUGGAAGACAAGUGGACAUGGACAUGGAGGGAGAGAGUGAGGCGAUGGAUGAGCGAGGGGGAGGACGAUGAAGAGACGGACAAUGAGGUGAGUGAGCAGGAUGAAGAUGCAGGGGGAGAAACUGAGAGUGAGGAGAUUCAAGUUUUGCAUGAGGAAGACAAGAAGAUGAUCACUUUUUCCAGCCAGGAUGAGCUGGAGCAGGGAAGCUCAGCUGCAGAAGAUGACCUAGAAGGUUCUAGAUCUUGGGAAGAUGAGAAGUUGGUAAACCUUUCCAGCCAAGAUGAGCUGGAGCAGGGAAGCUCAGCUGCAGAAGAUUCCCAGGAAGGUUCCAGAUCUUCCAAAGAUGAGAGCAAAUGUCUCCAGAUUGAGGGACGAAAUGAUGAUGACAGAAAGUGGAGAUAUGGAAUACAUAAUGCGAUGAAGGAGGCAAGAAACGUUUGGGAAGAUGAAGGGUCAGCUUUGUGGACAAGCCAUGAAGAAGAGGAGGAGGAGGAGGAGUCCAGUGAUGAUGAUGAUGAGGAGACAGUGAGCUCUCAGGAUGAAGAUGGCGUAAAGGUGUACUCCAAAGACGACCACCAUGUGGAGAUGUUUCACACUCUGACGGCGUUCCGGGACUCGUCUCAGCUCACCGACCUAACUCUGAGCACCAAAGAUGGCGGGAGGCUGCACCUGCACUCCAUUGUCAUGGCAGCCGUCAGCUCGCUGGUCAAGGACUGUCUGAACAAGAACAUGCACCAGGAAGGAGAGCACAGGCGGUCCAUCUCCUUGGAUCUAGACGUGGACCACCAUGGUUUGGAGGCGAUUGUAGAGUUUGCCUACACUGGACUCAUAUCCUGCCUGGAGGACGUACAGCAGGUGAAGGCUGCAGCUCAGACAAUAGGUGCCCACAGAGUGUUGGAUCUUCUUAGGAAGAUGGAGGAGUCCAGCACUAAUGGUAGUGGUAUUUCUUCUUCGGAACAACUGGCCAUUAGUCUUCAGUCCACCAGAGAGCUGUGGAUGGACCGAGUGGGCUGUGACAUCAUCCUAGAAGUAGUUGGAUUAUCACUUCCUGUCCACAGAGUAAUCCUGGCAGCGAGCAGCGACUUCUUCCGUGGAAUGUUCAGUUCAGGCAUGAGAGAGUCCACUCAGUCUCACAUCAGCCUUCCCUUUCUAUCAGCUUCAGACUUGGAAGUUCUGACUGGUUCCUCCUACAGUGGCACCCUCCCCCUCAGCUGGAGUCGUGUGUUUGAGAUCAGCAGCACCUCCCUUCAGCUCCAGUACCAGCCGGCGCUCUCCCUGUGCCUGAACUUCCUGCAGCAGGAACUCAACCCACACUCCUGCCUGGAUGUGGCAUCCUUUGCUGAAGCCUACCAGGUGUCUAAACUUGUUGAAGUCUCUGACAACUUCGUGCUGCGGCAAUUCCAAAAGGUGUCAUGCACCUCCAAGUUCAAGGACCUGCCGGCCAAACAGCUCUUGAGGUACCUGAACAGUCGCUCACUUUGUGUUCCGUCUGAGCUAGUCGUAUUCAAGGCGGUGGCAGCCUGGAUCCAGGCCAGACCCAAGACUAGGCUUAAACUUGCCAGGGAGCUCAUGAAGACCAUCCACUUCCCCCUCAUGUCAUUUGAGGAAUUCAAAGAGGUUCGGUCUGUGAACAUGUGGUCUGAGCACAACCUAGCGGACCUGUAUGAAACGGUCUGGGAGGAUUUCUGCUCGAGUGAGGUGGAACCACAGAGCCAGUGCCGCGUCUAUCUGCCAGAACAGAGUCUAGUCCUGACCGGAGGUGACCAAAUCUCUGAGGACUUGGGCCGGAGACAUAUCAGCAGAGAAGUCUGGUUUGGAAAUUCCUUGUUGAACCACACGGGAAUCAAAAAGGCAAUGGAGUGGAGGCAGCUGGGAGAGAUGCCGGAGCCUUCCAGGUUCCGUCAUGAGGUGGCGGUGCUCAAAGGACAACUGUACGUGUUCGGUGGGAAGAAGUACUAUGGCACCGGAGACACCCUGCAUUGCGUUUAUAGAUACAACCCGCUUGAAAACAGCUGGCACAGAAUGGCUGACAUGACACAGAAGAGGAACUCCUUCUCGGCGGUGGUGAUUGAUGGGAGCAUUUAUGCCAUCGGGGGGCACUGUGACCCGGAGUACAUAGAGAGUGUGGAAUGUUUCUCACCUGCUGCCAACUCUUGGAGCUUGACCUGUCCCUUGGAUCUAACCCUGGGUGGACAUGUGGCAAAAGUGUUGCAAGGCCAGAUCUUCAUCUCCGGAGGACUGAACAGUGACUAUCCAUGUCUGGCCUCUCUGUUUGUGUACCACCCAGAGAGAGGAAGCACCUAUUUGGCGAGCAUGUCUCAACCACGCGCCCACCACUGCAUGGAAGCCCUGGAUGACCGUCUUUACGUGGCUGGGGGGAUCACAUUGGACAGUAACAACACAGUGAUAGACCAGCUCAUCUGUGAGGUGUACAUUCCCGCUAGUGACAUGUGGACGGCCUUCUCGUCCCUGCCGGUGCCUCACGUGGGGGCAGGGAGCGCCAUAUUGGAGGGGAAGUUGUACCUGCUAGGAGGGUACAGCCAGGAGGACUACAGCGACACCAAGAUGGUCCACCGCUACGACCCUGCCCUGCGCAGGUGGGAGAAUAUGGGCAAGAUGCCCGGGCCUAACAACGAUUUGCGGGUGUCUUUGCUACGUUUGCCACCACGUGUACGCAUGUAGGACACUUUUCUGCGAUAAAUGACUCCCAGAGUGGUUGGAGUUGCGAUGUAUUUAAAAGUGUUGUCGUUAAGUUCACAAAGGUGAUUUUUGUUGUAUAUUCUGUGAUAUUUUUGCUUGUUUGUCUAACUGAAAAACACAUAGCAUCUAGGACAAACAAAUAUGACAUUUUCUACGAUAAAGUAAUCCAGAGUAGUUGAAGAUUAACAUUUUUUAAUGCGUUGUAGAGUAGACCCCCGCUAUUCGCAGGGGUUACCAUCCGAGACCACCUGCGAAUGACAAAAAAAAAACGGUGUAACUGAGACGCACAUAAUAGUGUCUAUUUUUGACACACAGAUCACUCCUCUCGGCCAAACCCUCCUGCAAGCUUGAUUGAUUAGGGAUCAACAUUUGCAAUAAAAGUUACUGUCCCUCCCUGUCUCUCUCCCAUUGCCAUUGCUCUAAAGCUAACAACCGAAAUUAAUUGACGCAUAAUCCAGGUUUAAACCCUAAAUAUUCCUCACACAUUUAUUAAACACAUUUUAAAUGAUAAAAUGUACAGGUACUCACCACAAAUGAAUGAUAAUGAAAGAUGAAUCUGAGGGACGGUCUAGCCUUCAUCUUAGUCGUCAGACUAGUGCUACAGCUGCACUUCUGUUGUUAUGGGACGGCCCCCAUCUGUCACUCCUGCACUCUACAGGCUGCUUAUGUGUCGUCCCGGCUAGGUGUCAGAGAAGGCGUUUCUCCGAGCCGCGUCUACAUAAUCCACACCGCUUGCCUGUUGAAAUUCCAGUAACAAUUUAGGAUCACAUAUUAACUUCUAUUCACCUCACUGCAAGGUUUGAGGCCAGAUUGACUGUCGAAGCUAAGGUUUCCCUAGCCACGUCCUUACGUGGCACAGUACAUGUAUGCUGUACGUUGUACCUGUAUUAUCACAUAUGUCAUUUUUCUAGGAUGAAUGAGAUCUUCUCUGUGGGAAAAAAAUAUUUUGAAAAAUCUGCAAAUUUCCAGCGUCACAAAUGUAAAUCGUGACUAUGUAGGAAUUUUUCUUAUAUAUUCUGUGGUAUUUUUUUGUCUAACUAAAACUAAACAACACAUAGCAUGUAUGACAAGGGCAAUGUAAAUUGAUUUUCAAACAUGAAUUACUCCAAGAGUGUUGAAGAGUAAUAUUUUUUAAAUGGGCUGUGUUUAAAGGUGUUGUAGUUUAAGUUAUUUUUGUUGUAUAUUAUGUCGUAUUUUUGCUUGUUUAUCUGCUAACUAAAUAACACAACAAAGAGAGGGCCUCCAAGCACUAACGACUGUAGGUAAAAACACAAGAUGGUGCAAGCAUGCUCAUGCUUGCCUGUCAAUCUUCUUAUAUUUGCGCUGACUCGAGUGUCUUUAUGACUGAAAUAAAACAAUAAAUUAAUUAUCGCACAUAAAUAAAAAUACAUAAGAUUGCUACAUCUCCUACCUGAGUUGGUCCAUUUCUUCCUGCAACAUCUAUCCACUGUACACAAGAUCCAAAUGACUUUUAUUUGUUAAUAUUUUGUUUAAACUCUUACACACAUGGAUUAUCAGCACAAAACAUGACUAGGAUCUCAAGUGCUGGGGAAGUCGUAGCACACAAGCCCUAGUGUCAGUAACAGCUGCUGGCAGCUUUCCCAUGUUUUCCCAACGCUGCGUGCCACAGUUAAACCGGUGGACGAGUCCGGACUCGCUGUAAUCCUCCUGGCAGUACCCUCCGAGUAUGUAGAGG